AUGACAGAGAACAUUGAACGGGGGCCGGGGGAGGGUGGGGGACCAGUAAGAUUCGGCCAGGAUUUGGUCAGUACGGUCUCGGCCCGAGUCUGUACCCUGAUGAUUGAUCUAGGCUCACGCAGUUGCGGCCAGCGCAUGGGGAGAUUUGUCCUGCCUCCGGGCGAUCCUUGCACCUGUACAGGGGUAAGACUAGGCGGUCAUUACCACCACUACGCACCUGAGAUGCAGGGACAGGAUCCACCGUUGUAUAUGGACAUGCUACCGGAGGUGACUGCUGAGGUCAUCGGCCGUUGGUUCAACUGCAUCGCGAGCAAACCGGUGGAGUCGACUCUCGGAGUCACUGACACCGGCCCAGAGUCGACUUCUAAAGUUGCCCCGGGGUCGACACCUGUUGCAUCGACUCCUGCCGACACGACACUAGUUGUCAGCACUACCCAUGAGCCGUCGAUGCCGCCUGCAGAUUGCCAAGCGAUCUUGGAUGCUGGUCAGACAACUAGCGGUGUGUAUACCAUCCAGCACAAACGCCAGAAUAUGCAGGUCUACUGCCGCAUGGAGCCGGAGUCGGGGAAAGGAUUCAUAGUGUUUCAGAGACGCCUGGACGGCUCGGUGAGCUUCAACCGAACCUGGCAGGAGUACGCCGAUGGAUUUGGGAAUCUGACCGGAGAGUUCUGGCUGGGCAACCAGAAGCUGAGCAGUCUGACUCGUAACUGGGGGCGGGAGCUGGUCAUCACUCUGAGGGCGUUCGCUGGGGAAGAAGCCCGUAUUCGUUAUGAAUACUUUCACGUAUUUGCAUCUGAGUACACAUACAAGCUUAUUGUCGAUGGCUUUAGUGAAGAGAGUGGAGAUGCAGGUGAUUCACUCGGGAGUGGAACAAUUAUACGCUUCUCAACUCGAGAUGAAGACCAUGACAACGACGGGGAAAACUGCGCUGAGAAAUUCCACGGAGGCUGGUGGUACGACGGCUGCGGUAGCGACAUCAGUGACUGGUUCCUGAGCAAUCUGAACGGCUUGUACUACAACAACGCAACGGUCGAUGAUUACAUGGGAAUACAGUGGGUCACCUGGAAGGGUAAACAGGUCUCUCUUAAAGGGUGUGAAAUGAUGACACGAUCCAAAUGCAAUUGGUCCAUAACGGAGCCACCUGCAGAUUGUCAAGAGAUCUUGGAUGCUGGCCAGAACACUAGUGGUGUGUAUACCAUCCAGCACGCAUGCCAGAAUAUGCAGGUCUACUGCCACAUGGAGCCGGAGUCGGGGAAAGGAUACAUAGUUUUUCAGAGACGCCUGGACGGCUCGGUGAGCUUCGAUCGAACCUGGCAGGGGUACGCCGAGGGAUUCGGGGAUCUGACCGGAGAGUUCUGGCUGGGCAACCAGAAGCUGCAUAGUCUGACUCGUAACUGGGGGUGGGAGCUGGUCAUCACUCUGAGGGCGUACGAUGGGGAGGAAGCCCGUGUUCGUUAUGGGAAAUUCAAGAUACACCCAUCAUCUGAGCGCAAUUAUGAGCUCUAUGUCGGUGACUUUAAUGCCGAGAGUGGAGAUGCAGAUGAUUCGCUCCGCCUUCAAAAUCAUUGGUACUUCUCAACUCCAGAUAAAGACAAUGACUUUGACGGGGACAACUGCGCUGAGAAAUUCCACGGAGGCUGGUGGUACAAUUACUGCGGUAGUGACAUCAGUAACUGGUUCCAGAGCAACCUAAACGGCUUGUACUACAGCAACGCAACAGUCGAUGAUUACAUGGGGAUACAGUGGGUCACCUGGAAGGGUAAACAGGUCUCUCUAAAAGGGUGUGAAAUGAUGACACGACGCAAAUAGUAAGCGUAACUAUGAUGGAAAGGAUUCAUAUUGACAGACAACAUUGAAACCAGGCGAAUAGAGGGUUGCAAGCAUUUGUAUUUCUGCAAAAAAAAUACAUAAUUCCGAAAAAUGUUGGCGGGGGAAGGGGGUUUGCGGUAUUGUAAGCAAGAAACAACUAGAUUUAUGUUUGUGGACAAACACAAGGCCGU